CAGAAACGUCGUCGCAGCGAAACUUGUUUUUCAACACUGUGCGCUGGUAGUGCUUUUUGCCUUCGAUUCGCGUUCUUAAAUUCGGAACCAAAGUGUCUUGUUUUGGCCGGAACGUUUGGUGAUUUCUGAGUGAAAAGUGCUAUUUCGUUUGUGCAGAAAGUGGAACCCCGGUCCGGCAACCGGGUACUGUGUGAUUUGCUUUCUUCUGAAGAUAUUAGCUCGAAUAUGGCCGCGUCCUAGAAGUGCAUAACCGGGCUGGUUGCAGCGAAGAUAGUCAUAACACGUAAUACCUUGAUGGCGAACAGCCGGAGAAAGAGAGCAUGUGGAAAAACGGUUUCCUAGCGAAAGACUCAUUAACAUAAAACAAUAACAAAAGAGUGAAAAUAACCACAAUAACGAAAUUCACACAACCAAAGUGCGACGGUGGUGUGACGGUGCACGGUGCGGUGAUUGAGAAUAACAACAACAACCGCAAUAUAGUGGCUUAACAAUAUAAUACAUAUACGGAGUAGAGCAAAUUCAGUGUGCUGUGAGUGACUAACCAAAAAAAUAAAAUAAAUAAAUUUCGUAAUCGGUUUGCGCAUGAUGGCGGAGUCUGCUACCACUAACGCAUCACCAACAGCAGCGAACCCCACCGGUGGAGUGGAACCGAUCCCCCAGUGGAAGAAGGAACUGCUGCAGCGUCGGAAAAACUUGGCCAAAACCAUCGGAACUGCUGCCACGCAGGUACAUGACAGUGCUUCCACGGUGGCGGCGGCACUCACUACGACUCCUACAACGCCGCGGGCCGGUGCACCAUGUGGGAGCCCCUUCGCAUGCGCCGGUGGUCAAAAAGAUCCAUCGGUAGUGGCAGCACCAUCCAUCGUGGCAGAAACUAGUUGUCCAACCAUCACCACCAGUGUACCAUCAUCAGCGCCAGCGACUAGUCCUACCCCUAGCAAUAGUAGUAGUAGUUGUAAUAGUAAUAAUAACAAUAAUAAUGGUGAUUCACCUGCUUCGCCCACCCCAGCUACCACCCCGACGUCGUCGCUCUUUGGGGCCCCGGUGUUCGUAGGUCAUUCGCCAGUGAAUGAACAUCCAGCGACGUCGCCGCAGCAAGUGUUGGUGAAGUCUGUACUGGUAGGUGGCAGCACCACCAACACCAUCGCCAGCAGUGCUUCCACUCGAGCAGCCGAAGUGCCGUUGCAUGCUGCCCCUCAGCAGUCACAUUCCAAUGACGGUCCGGAGAGCACCAGCUGCACCAGUAGUACUAGCCGAUCGUUAAGUCAUCUUCAUAGCAGCAACAACAGCAACAGUGGUGCGUCGAGUGGUGGUCCAGUGGGAAAGUAUGCCGCCACCUCCGGUGGUAGUGGUAUUAGUGCUAGUAGUGCCAGUGUUGAUUGUGAGCUAACGCGACCAACUUCUUCAGGUGAAAUCAGCAACAGUUAUAGUAGCAUCAGUGAAAUUGGUUGGAAAUCGAAGAAAAACACUUCAAGUGCUUCGAGCAGCAGCAACCCCAAAAUGGUUGCAGCGAGUGCUGAAGAGAUUAUUUACGAGAAGAAUCCAAGAUUUGUGGGGCCCGGUGGCGAGGGGACCACUGUUGACGUGGAUUCGUCUGAAGAGUUAAAGUAUGGACCGGGAAUAGUGUCAAAGUUACGUUGUCGCUAUUUGAGCCUUGCACUGAGGCAGUCCGCAAACAAGCAGAGGCCUUCGUUAAAUAACAUGCGUAGAGCCACUAGUUUAAAUAAUUUGCUGGAUGAAGAAGGAGAAGAUCUUAGUGAACGGGAACAGUCCAUCGAAGCAAAGGAUCAUCAUCAAUCGUCACAGGAUAAAAAUUAUUUGCAGAGCCAUAAUGGGAAAUUUGGUCAAAUUCCAAACCAGAUGAACUCGGCCGCCCCGAAAGCAAAAACUCCAGACGAGUACAUCUCGACGUUCCAGAAGAGCGUGCAGAACAGUUAUAUGCGAAGUGGUAGACAGACGGAGAAGAAGAACGAGUACAAUCGGUACAAUAAGCAGCGUGGUGCUGAUUCGCUAAAACGGGCUCGAUCAGUUGAGGCGCUGGUGCGCUACGAUCAUAAAGCCUGGGAGCGCGAUAUACAGAAAGAAAAUCUAUACAGCAGCAACGAUAGCAAUGUGAUCAUAUUCGAUGAGAUUAGCUGUACCAACGGUACCAACGGCAAUAACUGUCAAUCGGUGGCGAUGAACAAGGCUGAAUUGAUAACGGACUGUGUCACGAUUGAGGAAAAGAUCAUCAACGGUCGAGAAAAAGGUGAUCCCAAACCCAAGCGGCUGACCUCUUUCAUCGAUGCGGACGAACGUCCUCCGCCGGAUGUCGUUCGGCAGACGAUGAAAAUAUUUGAAGCCAACGCCAAUCGUAGAGGACGACCAACUGCCAGAACUAACGGUGCUGCGGGUGAAGUUGCUGCCAAGGUAGCCAGCUACAAAUCGAUCAUUUCUCAGGAAAAGCCACCGAUCACUCAUCCAAAACCGCCGCUCAGUCCCAAGAAGCCAAAUAUCAUACCACGUUCAACUAGUCCCAAACCGAAUGGUACCCCGGCUCAAACCGUCACACCUGCUGCCACCAACGGUCUUAAAGAAAAACCCACACUGCCGAAGUUAGAUAUCGGCCUAAUUCGCAAUAAUCUGGAAACAACUAACAACCUCAAGAACUCCGCCACGGGAUUAGUUCAAUCGCCAACCGCCAAUCACAACAAUAACAAUACAUCCACACCGCUAUCUGUGCGCGUACCAGAUUCACAAUCCUACCGUCUCAAGUAUGACUCACCCGCCUUAUCGCCAAACAGCACUGCCGUCUCUCAACACAAAGUUAAUUCUAGUACGACGACGACGACAAACCGCCCGGAGAGUCCUCGAGCCGCAGCAGCUGCCGCCUGUAUGCAAAACAACACAUCAAACAGUACGGCUCUCACAUUCAUCGACUCACCAUCGAUUCCGACUCUUGCGAGCAAAUUGAACAAUCUAAACAUCGCGACCUCUACCCCUACGAGCACCCGUUCCUCUACGCCGCAGGAUUUACCGCCGCUGCCACCGCAAGCCCCACCCCGGCAGCCUCAGGCGCUCCAGUACGCCACCAGCGAUGAAGAGGAUCCAGACGACCCUGAGGACCAACAGCACGAGUAUUCGAUAAACCAUAGCGAUCGGGAGAACGAUUCCGAUCAGUCAUAUGACCUUGAACCGGCGGAAGGCGACGAUUACAACGAACACGACGAUUCCGAUUCCCAGGAGGUGAAGAAAGUGUCCCGCGCAGCAAUGGACAAUAUUUCCCGGGCCGGCGUUACAACGCAGUUUCGCUUCAACGGUCAAUCCCAGCAGAAUAAAUCCCAUCUUCCGUCGCUCAGCGGAGGUGCAAAGUUGCUCUCAAACAAGAAACUGAACACGGACGAUCACCUUUAUUCGGCUUCGAAUUCCUCUUCAUCGUCGUCAUCGCCGAUCACAGUGCCAGCAGCAGUCCCUGCCACCGUCAUCGCCCACAAGCCGCCUGUGCCAAUGUCACGUGAAAGUCUCGCGUCCACCAAUGGUCUCAAGUCGAACAACACUAACAGCAGCAAUAUCGGUAGUGUCGCGCAUAAUUUCAAUAGUGUCAACAGUAGCAAUGCUAAUACUAAUAUCAGUGCGAGCCCCACCAACAACAGCAACAGCAUUGGAAGCAAAGUGAUGAUUAAUGAAUCGGUUGCUCCGGCGCCGCCCAACGUGAGUGUUUCUACCGGUAGUGACGUGUCGAAAACGGUAAAUCUAACCGCACGCGAAAUCGAGAAGAAUCAGAUCAAUCUGGUAAAGAGUGAAGAGAGCCUCAAUAAUAGCGCUUCAAGUGCCGCCGCUACCCCCAAUAAUAGUGCCGGUAGUGUCGGGGUAGUGCAGGGGAAAACUGGUGCUGGUAGUGACGUAAGCAGAAGUGGUACCGGUGGUGACUUCUUCAUGGCGAAGUGGGGCGCGCAAAAGCCGGCGGCGACGGCGGCGGCGCAAACCGAAAACGUUGUUUCUUCUAGCCUUUUGGGCGGGCUGGUGCCUGCCAAGAAGAAGGUCAAAGCCCCCCCGCCGCCCAUCGAAGCCAACACGAUGGUGUUCAACUUCAGCGACCGGAAAGACGUGCCGGAUUAUAUCGAAAACGAUGGGAUCAUUCUACGGCCGCGACCACGGGAACUGCCUAAGCCUGGCGAGUCCGGUUUCGUGGUGCUGGGCGAUCUCACGCUCGAAACCUCGACCGAUCCGGACGAUUCGUGGGCCAUGGGACCUCCGUCGCCGUGCGAUGUGGAGUUCGCCAACGCUAACAUUGUGAUCAACGGUAAAUCCAGUAUGAGAACCAAGACUUCUAGGGAUAACAAGUUCAAAAUCCAAUUUGACGAUUCAUUAACCUCGACCUUUGAGUACCCAUCGGAGACGUCGCUGCUGGAGGCUACCAACAACGGCUUCGAGGACGAGGUGGCGGAAGGUCUGAAGGAUGCAGCCGCCAUCCUAGCCAGCAGCAAGAUCAACAUUGCUGGCAACACCAGCACAGGUAGCAGCAUUACGACCCCAGCGACGACAACGACGACGACGACGGGGAGCGCCGGUGGCGGUGGUGGUGGUGGAGGCCUCACCUUCGGUGACAACGGAUUGCUGUCGCACAAGAAUAACCUCCUCUCGUCGAUGCCACUAGGCUCCGCUCCUUUUGCUAGUUAUACCCCAGUAAAGGCCGCCAUAGACACCACCUUCGAACUGGGCGUCACCCGAACGCCGUCCCCAUCGAGCACUGCCAGCAGCACUUGUAGUAGUAACGAACACCAUCCGCACAACCAGCAGUCGCAGCAGCAGCAACAGCAGCACCAUCAUCAACCGCACCAUCAGCAUCAGCAGCACUCGAAUGGACACCACAUUCAGCACCAGCAGCUCCACCAGCAACAGCCGAGCCAGGGCCGAAUCAACGGAACAACCGGCAGCGGUAUCAAUGGCGAUGGCAAUGGAGCGCUGUUGCUGCUCAAUGGCGACGCCGGUGAGCCGGAGAGCAUACAAUAUCUGAAACCGGCCUCUGACGAGCAGACGGUCAACUGGAGCCAGGGCACUCGCGUUACGGAUCUGCUUUUCUAGAGGUCACGUGCUCUGUGCAAUUUGUUUAUCACUUUUUGUGUAGUACAGCUAUUUGGUAAAAUAAAUCCUAUGAAAUGGGAUUCUAUAUUCACUUACACAUAUAAAUACACACAUUAACCUAACGGCAAUUCGCGAAGAAACUAUUUGAUGCUUUUAAUGUUUCAAUGUGUGACAAAAUUUAGUUUGCCGAAGAAAAUUCCAAUUUUUGAACAAUACUACAAUACAUUAAUCAGUAUCGAAAGUAAAAAUGUGUCCAAUUUUUAAAUCGAACAAACAAAAAUCUGAACUUUCCGAGAAAAAAGACAAGUUUAUUGCAGUAUUUAGAGUCGAUUUUUUAUAAGAUAAGCGUAAUGAUGUCAUUGUGAAAGAUUGAAUUGAAAGUGAAAUGAAUAUUAUUAUCAUUGUGAUGAGUAUAUACAACAAAUAAAACACGGAACAUAAAUUCGAUUAAAACUUUAUAAAUAUACCUAUUAUAUAAAUAUAUGAAAUGAAGCAUAUUAAUUUUAAGCUAAACAAGAUUAUACACAAUAGGUUUACUAGUUUUAGCUUUUGCUUAAAGAACGAGGCAAAUGGGCACCCGAAGAUUCUAAGAACGAUGAAAUGGAUAGAAAAUUCCAAUCAUCUGAGAGUUAAAGGCUUAAAGCUAGACGUUUCCUUCGCCCUUGAAUCGAACAGUCAAACGAUACGAUGAAAAAAAUUGAUCCGAUUGAACAAGGUGUUCGCCGCCCUAAUGUGAUUGUCGUUCCAUUCCCAGGGGAUCAUUCCAUGCCCUUUGAAGUUACAGUAAAGGUACCCAGAGUAUACAUUGCUCGAAUUCAUGACAGAUAUUAAAUGAUUCCACGUUUGGAUUGUGUAAUAUCUUUGUCAUCCUAAGCUAUCUAUUCCGUAUAAAAUUCAGUAGCCUUGAAUAGUUUGAUUCACUCUGAGUACCACAUGUAGGUAAAGCUCCGAAGAAGCCACAUCCCAAUAAUAAUUACGCAGUCCCUGAGUGAACAUAAAUGACACCACAAUAAUUUGCUACCACAUUUUAGCCUUGCAACAGAUAGAACUCCUACAAGUAUACAAACUACUUGAUUGUAAAGCCUAGAACGUAGAAAGGGGCAAUGUAUUGAACUUCUGUAGACCGCCGCCGCUUGUCCGCAUGCGUAGUAGUCAGUAAGCUCUGUCAUUUAAGUUCAGCUGGCAUCUCCAGAACAUUCACUGAGCCCAGCCCGAUGUACUAAAUUGAGUAUGUAGUGGGGCAAAGAAUGGAUUCGUUUGAACGGUGGUACUCUCGGAAGACGAGCCGAAGAGGUUAAAAGUACUCUGGCUAGACGGUGCAGCACCGACUAGCAAGUUAAACUCUAUGAUUGUUUCAGUUAGAUUGAGUGCAGAGAGCUCUUCAAAAAAAGGCAAUCAAUAAAAAAAAAGGAUCAAGAAAGAGUAGGAAGAAAAGUGCAAGAAUGACGACGUGUAAUUAUAUUUGGUAGUUUAAGAACUCUUUACUUUCCGUUUAUCCUCUCUUUAUGUGCUAAUUGUAGUGAUCCAACAGCCCCCUCUUCCCUUAAUAAAGGAAUAUCGAAAAAGUCUUACGCAUUUUAUGUAAAAUAUGA